UAACCUGGUCUACCAUGUGUUGAUAAAUAAAAUAAAAUGGCAGCGAUGUCGAAAACCAAGCUAAAUAAAUAAUUGAUGAUAACUGUGCCUUAGGUCACACCGAACAAGUAAUUCUUAGCCAACUUUCGGUUAUCAAACUCGGUGAUUUGUUAGACAGAACUAGGCCUAAUUCUGAGAGAAAAGCUUGUCAAAAUGAAUAAUCAUAGUGACGACAGCGAAGAACCUUUUACAUAUGGAGACGAUUAUUAUGAAGAAAAUGGAGUUCAAGCAAACGAUCGCAAUCCGUCACCUCCACAUGAACUUCAGCAAAAUUUAGAAGCCGUUUUGGGGGAUAGCAUCGGUCAAACAGCCUUUAGCAAGCACUGGGUUUUAACCACACUAAUGCGACUUAUGGAUGAAGUAAAACUCGAUGUCAAAACAGUUGAGAAUGACGAAGAUCAAGUUGAAGAUGUUGAUGAAGACUUCCAGAAUGAACUAUGCCAGUUAUGGGAUAUGUCCAUGAACAACGAAGUUGCCAAGUACCUAGAAGAAUUCAAAGCAGUUGACAUUCUGUCUGAUGUUAUAAGCAAAUCGAAAGCUCCUAGGGUAACUGAAAUAUGUGUCGGAAUUUUGGGCAACAUGGCCUGUGAUGCUUACAUCUGUGCUUCAAUGAUGUUAAAUGAGAAGCUGGUGGACAUGAUGUUGAUGUUAUUGAAGGGUUCGGAUACACCAACUUUGGUAGAAACAACCAGGUUAUUACAUACCUGUUUCUCAAAUAAACAGACUUCUAAGCCUUGGAAUGAAGCUAUUAAAGGUUAUCCAGAGGUUCAGAUAGAUCUUCAGUUUAUUUUACAGUCUUCCACAAACAGUGAUUUAUUGAAGAGUACUACUGAAUUUGUUGGUAUCUUGUUAGAUUCCGAUGAUGAACUGUGUUUAAAUUGGGCUGAUGAAGCGUUAGUAAUUUCAUUGUUAGAGGCUAUCAAGCAAGUUGGUUACAACCACAGUGAUGCAUUGGAACCCUACUUGCACAUAUUUCAACUUUUCUCAACAAGUGAAACUGGCGUGGAAGCAUUAAUGAAAUGUACUGACGAUUUGUUGGAAUUUUUGUUGAAAUAUCUUUAUGGAGUCUGUGAAGAUGAAAUAGUGGGACUUGAUGAACAUGGAAAUUGUUUGGCGUCUGCCAUAUCCACUAUAUCAGUUCUAUUUCCAUCCUCAUCAUUUACAGCUAAAAAUAUGGCAGAAUUAAUGCGUUGUUUGUUAAAAAUAUUAGACCCACUUUAUCCCUUAAUUUCCAGUAAAAUGUCUGAUAACAUUCAAAAUGAUGUUAAUGGUAAAAAAGAAACUAAUACAGUAACCGAAACACAAAAUCUAAAUGAAAAUAAUCUUGAUUCUGUUAAAAACUUGGACAACAAUAAUCUUACAGUCUUGCAAGAGAACCAGAUUUUAUACAGUGUGCUACAAAGAUAUCUUUGUGAUAUUGUUUUGUCAUUUUAUUCUGAGAUCACAAAAGUGACAGAAGAAGUUGAAAGUAAUGAAGGCAGUGAAAUCACAGCUGAGCCUUACUACUUGAAUGCCUUACAAUAUUUAGAAUCAUCUUGUAGUAGAGAACGCAUAUACAAAAUGUUUCACACGUUAAACGACUCAGAAAACAAUGAUGAUGAGUUAAUACCUAUUUUUGAUAAAAUUUCAAAAUCACAUUCCCUACAAAGACUUCAGAGAAUAGUUAGUGAUUUUAAAGAUGGCAAAGCUUAUGAUAGAUCAAAUUCAAAUCAAGAAACUAGAGCAUAACAUUGGUAAUAAAUGUUGUUCCCUUCAUUUAGAAUUGAAAUGAAUUUUUAUAAUUUUGUAAAUGAAUUAAUUUUUAUAAAUGAGAGCAACUCUUGGCAUAAACCAAUAUUUUAAAUUUUGAAUUGUUUUAUUGAAAUAGAGAAACACAAAUGCCUUUAGGGGUUUGUAAAGGGGAACCCUGUUUAUGACAUUUUAUAAACAAGGUUCAAACUUAUUUUUACUGCAGAAGACAAGGAUUAGCACUAUUUUACUUCUGACUACUCCUUUGUUAUACGCCCACAUUUUCACGUGGACGUAUAUUUUCGUUGCCCCUGUCCGUCCGCCCGUCCACAAUUGUUUGUGAACACUCUACAGGUCACAAUUUUUAUCCGAUUUCAAUGAAACUUAAAAUAUAGGUUUAUCUCCCUAAGAUCUCGGUUCCUUUCGAUAUUGGCAUGUAUCGGACUGUUAAUUCAUGGAUUAUGAGCCUGAUUGUACGAAAAAUCACGUUUUUAGCUUGUGAACACUGUAGGGGGUGUGAUAGUUUGAGUUGACUCCUGGUGUGUGUUUUCUCCUGGGCACUUGCGCAUGUCCGAAACUGAUGUUUGCCUUAACAACGAAACUAUAUCUACUUCCUGCAGUGUGAGUUGGUUCCUGACCACUGGUCAGUACAGGAAAAAAUAUAUCAUGUACUUGAUUAGAGUUUUGUCAUUAAUAAAAUACUUGUUGACGUGAUUAGCUGUUGUUUUAGCGAUCAGUAGUUACACGAUCAACGGAUCUAAGUUGAUUGGCUUGAAAUUGAUACUUCGUUCGUGAUUUGUUGCCGUUGUUUUUUUUUUAGUGAUUAGUCGUUCUACACACGUACGAUCAGUGGAAACCAUACAAAUUGAUGAUUGGCUUGAAAUUAUCAAUUAAUUCACCUCCAAAGGAAGAUUAAGGCCUUUGAUAUUUCGUGGCUUCAUUUAACACAAAUAUAAAAGUAUGGAAUUUCUUAUUCCGAUUUCUUUAACAUAAAUAUAGAUUUAUUACACCAUCCCAUACGUACAUUCAAACAUGCAUGUAGACAGCCCAAAUACAAGAGAGAAUGUUCGCAUUGUGGACGGGAAUAUAUACUAAAUAAUAAUAAUAAAGAUCGUCAAUUUGCAUCCUCUCUUAGUGGUAAUAUUGUAAAUAUAUAAUAGUCUAUAAUAUAUUGAUUUGACCGUAAGAACAUCUUAGGGGAAAUCCUAUCACGAGGAGUCAAUGCACACCGCGUCUGUAACGGUGUGAGGUGACUCCUACAACUGCGCAUGCGCCAAACGGUAAUCACACACCAGGGACCAUCUGAAACUGCCACAGAGGUCACAAUUUUUAUCCGAUUUGGUUUAAAUUUGAGAAGCAUGUUUAUAACCCACAGAUCUCGGUUCCUUUCGAUAUUCAAUGAUAUUGGACCAUAACUUUCUGAAAUAUGGCCCCUGAUUGUACACAAAAACAUGUUUUUAGCUUGUGGACCCUAUAGAGGUCACAAUUUUUAUCCAAUUUCAAAAACUGUUUGAAUAUAUCACCGUUACACCCUAAGGAUAGUUGAGUUCGAAACUGACGGACAAAAUGGUUGUCCCUCGUUCGCAAAUAGUGUCAAAAUAUUGUGUAUCAGGGUUGUGGAUCCUCUGGAGGUCACAAUUUUCAUCUGAUUUUGAUGAAACUUGAAAUGCAUGUUUAUGACCCAAAUAUCUUUGUUCCUGUCGAACAUAUCGAAUCAUAACUUCCUGAAUUAUGGCCCCUGAUUGUACGAAAAAUCACGUUUUUAUCUUGUGGUCCCUCUAGAGGUCACAAUUAUUAUCUGAUUUAAAAAAACGUUUGAAUAUAUCACCAUUACACUGUUAUGUUUGUUGAGUUUGAAUUUCUUAAAAAUCGGGCCAAAACUGCCGGACAAAAUGGACGCCCCUUAUAUACGCAAAUAGUGUAAACAUCUGGUAAAUCAAUGUUGUGGACCCUCUAGAGGUCACAAUUUUGAUCCGAUUUCGAUGAAACUUGAAAUACAUGUUUAUAACCCAAAGAUAUUGGUUCCUUUUGAUAUUCGCGCAUAUCGGAUUGUAACUUCCUGAAUUAUGGGCCUUGAUUGAACAAAAAAUCACGUUUUUAGCUUGUGGACCCUAUAGAGGUCACAAUUUUUAUCCGAUUUAAAAAAAAUGUGUGAAUAUAUCAUCAUUACCCACUAAGAUCUUGGUUGCUUUUGAUAAUCGCGGAUACCCGAACAUAACGUUCUGGAUUAUGGCCCCUGAUUGUUCGAAAAAUCACAUUUUUAGCUUGCAGAUUCUCUAGAGGUCACAAUUUUUUUCCGAUUUUAAAAAACGUUUAAAUACAUCACCAUUCCACCAUAACGAAGGUUGAAUUUGAAUUUUGGGAAAAUCUAAAUGAAACUGCCCAACAAAAUGGCCGCUCUUUGUACGCAAAUUGUGUAGAAGUGUGUAAUACGAAGGUUGUGGACCCUCUAGAGGUCACAAUUUUUAUCCGAUUUUGAUGAAACUUAAAACAUAACUUUAUAUCCCAAAGAUCUCGAUUCUCAGUCCCAUUUGAUAUUUGCACAUUUCAGGCCAUAACUUUCUGGAUUAUUGCCCCUGAUUGUACAAAAAAUCCUGUUUGUUUUUAGCUUGUUCUCUAUCCAUCUCUUGUAAAAUGUUGACGUAUCCUGCGUGGCAGCCGCUGGUGUUUUUAUAUGUUCAUAUAUAUUGUUGUUCUCAAUCAUUUUUCAUCCAUGAUUCCUUGUGGGUACUCCAGAGCUGUGGUUAUCAUCCAAUUGGCUUGAAAUUAAUCCACAGUGUUAUAUUUAUAAUAUGAAGAAAUCUAUCAAUAAAUAAUAAAUACUUGCAUAGUUAUGAUCACUUGAUAAACAUUGUGUUUCCACUGAGGUCAACUUCAAUCCGGUUCUGAGCUGUUUGAAUGGCAGGAUUGCCUAUACCAUUAGCAACUGUGAACUAGAAGAGCCCAACAUAACAGUUUGGGUUAAGAAAGAAGCCAGCUCUGUAUGUUAGCCUUAAUAAUGUCAGUGGAAAUGCUGCAACUGGCUAUAUCUCGUUCCCCAUUUAGUCUUAUUAGGUUGCUUGCUGACUAUUUGGUAUCUUCUUUAACGGUUUAUGUCUACAUGUAUAUGUGAUUCAGGUAUAUUUCAGUGGAAAUGUAAGUCAUUUUGCAAUAAAGUCACCGGGAAAGGCCAUUUUCAGUGGAAA